GUCAUGAUAAUCUAACAAUAAGUAGGUAACUAAGAGUAGUACCUUUUCUCUUUAAAGAAGACACUCAAAAAAGAAUUGCGAAUACCCUUAAGGUUCAUAGAAAUGCACACAGUAGUGUAGUGUGUAGAUUGUAGAUUAGAUAAUUAUUUAGUAACUAGGAUGGUAUCUUUGUAAGUUUCCUUUGUUGAUAUACUUACUUUUCUACUUAACAAAAAUAAACAUAAAAGUACAAUAGUAUUUUAAUAAAAAAUAAUAAAACUUUCUAGAAAAAUAAGGUCAAAAGUGAAAGUUCUGAAACGUCAAUCAUGUGCGUUAUACCUGUUGAAUGCGUCACCAAUGUUAAUGUUCAGAGGAAACAAAGUCUACGGGUGUGUACAGUAUAAAAAUGUCUAUGAACAAAGUUGUAUUUACUUUUCUAAAAAACGGAAGUAUAGCCAGGUCUAUGUCAUGCAUUGAUCAUAGAGUGUGCUAUGGAGAACAUAGAAAUGUGCACACUUCAACAAAAAAUAGAUUUCGUUUACAACAGUUUAAUAAAGUAGAAGCAAAACUUGCUGGAAAUCAAAAGCCAGAUUGGAAUAGAGCUGUUUCAGAAGCAGAAAAAAUUGUUGGAUAUCCAACUUCAUUUCUGAGUUUACGGUGGCUUUUAAGCGAUGAAAUUGCUAAUGUAGCAUUACAUUUAAGAAAAUUAGUUGGGUCUAAUCAUCCUGUAUUAAAAACAGCCAAGAGUGUCAUCUUUAAUGGACGUAAUAAUAUGCAAGCAUGGGGUCUUAUCGUAUUGCUGAUCUCAAAAGCUGCUGGUCAUUUAAAUGUAGACGAUAUGGAAGUAGACAAAGCUGCUGGUGUUCUUCAUAGUCAGCGGGCACUAGCUGAAGUCACUGAAAUGAUACGUACCAGUCAUCUUGUUCAUAAAGGACUGAUAAACAUAGAACCUGGUGUACAUUUAGAAACUUCAGAAUUAAAUGAUAUGAACGUUGGUAACAAAAUUGCAUUAUUAAGUGGAGAUUAUUUAUUAGCUAAUUCUUGUGCAGAAUUAGCUAAUCUUCGUAAUCAGGAAAUUGUAGAAUUAAUGUCAAGUGCUGUGAGAGACUUGGCUGAAGCAGAAUUCAUAGGACGUAGAGAUAGACAAAAUAAUCCUUUGCCUUCCAUACCACCUGAAAAUCAUACAGAUUACGCAGUGGAGGAAUGGACUUUAAGAAAUGUAUUAAGUGCUGGUGCAUUACUUGGAAAAUCGUGCAAAGGUACAUUGAAACUGGCUGGACACAGCAAUGAAAUACAGGAGCAGGGUUACAACUUUGGGAAGCAUUUGGCAUUGGCUUGGCAAGCCUGUUUGGAUUUGAGUCCAUUUAUUACAAAAGAUCAAAGUGCAUCAUUCAAUUUGUGUUCUGCACCAGUCAUGUUUCAUAUUGAGCAUGACCCAUCGAUUCUAUCAGAAAUCGAUAAAGGUUUAGAAUCUGUAAAUAAUGUAGAUUAUGCAAAGGUUUAUGAGAUUGUCUUAAUGGGACCUGGAGUUGAAUUAACAAAACAAUUGCAAAAACGGCAUUCACAGAGGGCAAUGGAGGUUUUAAGUGUAUUCGAAAAGAGCGACGCAAGGACAGCAUUGUAUAAUAUUAUAGCAGCCAUGGGAGACUUUUGAAUAAUAACUUAUAGCAUAUGUACUUUAUACAAUUGCCCAAAGAUCAGUUUAAGGACUCCGUCCUAUAUUAAGUUUCAGUUUUAUCAUAAAUCAUAUACUCAUGUAUAAAAUUUAUACAAAAACUAUAAUGUAAAUGAACAACUAAAAAGAAUUUAUAUCUUCUAUACGAUUAAAAUAGAAGGUUUUAUAACCACGUUUAAAAAUUGUUAUAAAUUAUUUAUGAACUAUGAUAUUAUGACGAUAACAAAAUUAAUAAGUUUUAUAUUAAAUGGUGUUUGAAUAAAUUUUUAUUGAUAACAAUUA